CCGUUCCCCUCCGCUGCCUCUUGACCUCAUGCCAUGUCCGCCAUCCUAUACGUCUCCUGUUCUUGGCUAUCUUCUGAAAAAUAUUUAUCGGCAGCCAGGAUAAGAUACUCCAAUGAGACUGCUUCAGUCGCUGCGACAGCCCUCGAGUUUCCUUUUCUGCACUACUAGUAGUUGUGGAGGGACGUUCGACUACAGUACUCAUAUUCAUAGCCAGCGGCAAGAUAUGGUGAGUGACAAACGCAGCGGCAUGUGCUACGUCUGCGUUGGAGAUGAUGGCGUCGGCGCAGUGCGUAUCUGUUCCGGAGUGAGUAAUGGCUGAUUUACGAAACAAAAUCGCUGGAGACGAAAAUGCGGCUCAAGCUCGAAGGCGGAACCGCGACUACGUAACCACGGCAAGAAGUGUCCGGCGGUAUUGUGGCGUCUUAAAUCAAUUUGGCGCGAGUGUGGGCUUCGCGUUCGGUCGAACCGUAAGCUCAACAAAUCACCACGUAUCAGAACUGAGGUUGCGACUGUCGAGCAACAUAUCGAUGUAGGCCAUACAUUCUUGUCACCGCCUAACUUGCUACGCAUACGUCGGUUUUCCGAUGGAUGACUCCCAGACCGACGGUACCGCAGGCUAAUUUGUCCUGGGCGUCACUGAGCCGUACCUCCUCGUAAUACCGGCACACGAAUAGGCAGAGGUCAACCGAUUUUUCGGGCCUCCUACAGGCAGGUCUUUGAACUAUAAAUUUCCACUGCAUUUACGCCCGAUCAACUCAGAACCAAAGCAUCCCUCAUGUCGACCACUCCUACAGCUGCCAAGCCUCUCCCUGUGCGUCGCAUUGUCACAGGCCAUACACCGGACGGCAAGGCGAUCUUUGUUGAUGACGGACCCGUCGCUUCUUAUCCUUUUGGUGGCUCAAAGACCUUCACCACGGACCUAUAUUGGAUACACGGCUUUCCGCCGAGCAACGACGGAGGCUUCGAGGAUGCUGUCAAGCAGCAUGACAAUGUGAUUGUGAAUCCCACCGGGAGCACCUUCCGGGUAUUUGACAUGCCCCCACAUAGGGAAGCGAUGUUCCAUCGUACGCUCUCGCUUGACUAUGGUAUUCUCAUUAGUGGGUCCCUCACCCUAGUGCUUGACGACAACAAACGCGUCGUCAUGAAGCCCGGUGACGUUAUCGUUCAGCGUGAGACAAUUCACUCCUGGAUUAACGAGACUGAUGAAUGGACGCGCAUGUAUUUUGUCAUACUCCGUAAGCCCGUCCUGCGCAGUGUUUCAACGAGAUAUGGCCCCUAA